UGUACCCCAGCGCAUGCGCGAAUAAUGUAAACACCAACAUGGCGGCUGAAGAAUCGCUGUAUUAUGGAACUUGGAAGAUUGUUGAGUGUGUUUCUUUGGCUGGAGUCGUGGAAACGACGGGAGUUGAGGGAACUGAAUUUCAUCUAGAUGAGAAUGGUGAUGUGUCAUGGAAAAUAUCAGAAGAUGCUGAACAUAUGCCUUUCUUUAACUGUGAAACCUAUGAGGUAACACCGGAAAAGGGAAGUAAUCGAGCAUGUUUAAAAUUUAUUGGAACAUUUGCUGGUCAUGUGAUAGAAUUUAAGAUUGAAGUAGCUGAAGAUUUAAUGUUAUUAACAUAUGAAAGAUGUUGUAUGUUACAGUGUCAAAAGGUUUCAACUUAUGAUCAUAAAGAUGACAUACCGUUCUCAUUUCUUGGUGCUUUAGAAGAUGGUUAUUUCUCAGAUAUGGUUAUUAAAUCAGAGAGUGGCAAGGAGUUUAAAGUUCACAGUACCAUAUUAAACCUCAGUGCAGUUGAGAUGGACUGGAGUCGACAACCACCACCUUUGUCGGGGUUACGAGAGGAUGUGUUGGAAACAACUUUACAUUAUCUAUACGCUGAGUGUUUACCUAGAAACUUAUCCGAAGAUACUGUGAAAAAUUGUAUUAAAUCUGUAGGAAAAAUGCCAGGAUUUUCAAAGUUUUCAGAGCUUUGUGAAACAUAUUUAAAAAAUACAGCCCUCAAGCAACAGAUAAUAAGUUUAAUAACAGAUAUGCAUGCUUGUGCUGAUAGAAUUAUUGAAUUAUUUACCGGUAAAUCUAGUGGAGUUAAUUCUGAAGGAGAACCUAUAGUAGAAGAAGGUCUCAUGUUAGAUCCAGCUAAAUUAUGUUAUACAGUUAGAUUAGGUUUACGAGAAACUUCCGUUGCGUGUGCUAAAUUAAUAAUGUUAUGUGAUCUGUUCUCAAGACGGAAGGGUGAAUUAUCACGAGAAGAAAGACAUGAGAUCAUGAAAUAUGCUAAAUCAAGAAUCCCGGUAUUUAUGUGUCAACUCCAUAGAUUUCUAGAGAUCUGUAAACAUCAUUCCUAUAGUAUAUCGGCACCACGACGUACAGAAAUAUCUGAUGUCUUAGUUCCAGAAUUAGAAACCGUUGUAGACAGGUUGACACGUGUUGCCAUAGAAACAAAAGCAGCUUUAGAACAAGUAAUUAGCAACAGUAACCAUGGUGAUAAAGACAAGGGAGAUAAACCAGAAAAAUCUAAGAAACAUCAUGUUAGAGAUGUGUUAGGCAAAAAACUCAGAAAUGCAUUACAUGUAAAAGAAUUAAAGAAAUUAAAAGACUUUCAUGACAGAGCUAGUACAAGUUUUGCUCAUUUAAUGCAGAAAAAAGAGAAUUUUGGUAACAUGACUCAAUCUGAAAAAAUACGAUCAGUUUCUAAAAACCUUGAACAGCUUAUUGAUGAAAUUCCAAUGUUUUUAAUAAGAUUAGAAGAAUUACAGAGAUUAGUUGAUAAAUUACCGUGGAGAGAGUGGAAAUACCUCUUUAAAUUAGCUACAUCUAAAACGGCAUGGGGUUUAGCAAAAGUCUUAGCAAACAAGUCUACACUUCAACCUUUGAUUAACCAGGCCUGUGAUAUUGUUAAUCGUGAUCAGUUUACUAACUCGUUAGCAGCCCUUGGUCUCACGGCAACAGAUUCCUCUACAGAAGGUGCUGCAGCUUGCUCGAAAACCAAUCAAAAUCAUACAAAAUAUUCACAGCUAAGUUGUAUUGAAUCAUUAUGUGUAUCACCACAACCAAGAGACAGUACAUUAGCUACUAAAUCAAAACAACUGCUCAAAUCUGGUACAACAACAGAUAUGAUCUUUCAAAUAGUUCAAGAGCCUGUUGGAGAUAUUGUAAUAGAUCAUACUAAAUUAGAACAUAGUGAAAAUCAUGAUGUGUAUGAAAUACACGCUCAUUGUGUGAUUGUGUCUGCUAGAUGUGAUUGGUUCCGUCGAGCCUUACUCAGUGGCAUGAGAGAAUCUAUUAAUAAAAAAAUAGUGGUUCAUGAUACGAAUCCUGAGUUAUUUCAACUGUUUUUAAUGUAUAUAUAUAGUGGUACUUUAGAUACACACGAUACAACAGCUGAACAACUCGCUGAUAUGUUAACGCUCUGUGAUAGAUAUGAGAUGGAUAGUCUUAAAGUUAUUUGUGAACAUUUAUUAAAACCUCAUAUAGACAUAGACAAUGCUCUUUGUUUAUUUAGUCUCUCUGAUCAACUUCACGCAAAAUAUCUCAGGGAGUAUACAUUAAAUUAUAUAGUCGAACAUCCUGAGAUAGCUAAUAAUGAAGAAUUCUGUGAAUUACCAGAUCAUUUACAGAUUGAGAUAGGAGAUUAUAUUACAUGGCAUGGUUUAGAUGGAAGAAGUCCAGGUAGUCACCGUGAUAACAACAGUUCACGAUCAAGUUUUAGUGAAACAGAUGAAUUGCCAACAAAUAUAGAUCUAGGCUGUACUCUGCCUGACGAGACAUCUUCCUCAUCAGAAGAUUUACCUUUUAUGGAAGAUGCAACACGGUUAGAAACCUGUUUAUCAGCGUUACGAGACAUAAUAGGUGACUCCGUACCCAGAGACGAACUUGUCAGAGUGGCAUUAGCGGCAGAUUAUGACGUCAAUCGGGCGUUGAAUUUUUUCUUCUCUUCUUAGCGACACUAAGCAUAUCCCAAGUUGUAUUAUCUCACGCUGUACAGGGUUUGAAAGAUGUAGACUUGAACUUACCAGUAUUUUGUUUGUAUAUGUAUUUAUUAUAAGCCUGGAAGUUUUCGCUACACAUACAAUUACACUGACAGAUUCGCCUCAAACUAGGCAUAAAAUUGACAUGAAAAUAACAGAAGUUGUUAAUUAGUCACUGAAUUAAAAGAUUUAAUCUUGUUUAUUUUAAGUAGUCAAAAAAUCCAAAGUGAAAGUAAUGUUGUUUAUAAUAAAUUUUUUAUUUAUAUUAUUUGUUUAGUUAAAAGGAAUUAAUUCUUGAUUAUAAACAAGCCCUGGACAUAAGAAACCUGUCACAGAUUUUGUCAGAUGCAAUUUAUCACACAACAUAUAUAUUAUAAUAAACAAGUUGCGUGAUAAUUUGAAUAAUAUUAUAUUAAUUUGGUCGUAUAAUACUAAUAUUAGAAUCUAAUAUUAGAUAUUUCCUGAAGUCUUGAUAUGGUCGUAUAAUAAUAAUAUUAGAUAUUACCUGAAGUCUUUGAUAUGGUCGUGUAAUAUUAGAUAUUUCCUGAAGUCUUUGAUAUGGUCGGGUAAUAUUAGAUAUUAUCUGAAGUCUUUGAUAUGGUCGGGUAAUAUUUGAUAUUAUCUGAAGUCUUUGAUAUGGUCGUAUAAUAUUAGAUAUUACCUGAAGUCUUGAUAUGGUCAUAUAAUACUGAUAUUAGAUAUUACCUAAAGUCUUUGAUCUGGUCAUAUAAUACUAAUUUUAGAUAUUACCUAAAGUCUAUGGUAUGGUUAGGGUCGUAUGGUACUAAUAUUAGAUAUUACCUGGAGUCUUUGAUAUGGUUGUAUAAUACUAAUAUUAGAUAUUACCUGAAGUCUUUGAUAUGGUCAUAUGAUACUAAUAUUAGAUAUUACCUGAAGUCUUGAUAUGGUCAUAAAAGAUUAGAUAUUACCUGAAGCCUUGAUAUGACGGUAUAAUACUAAUAUUCUAAAGUCUUUGAUGAUGGAGAAUAAAAAGGGAAAGAACAUGAUUUUGUACAAAUCUUGUUGGUAUUCACCAGACUUGACUGAUUGACUGUCAAAUUGACCAGAUGAAGAAUUUACCAGUUGCUCAAUUUAUAUGUCAGAAAAUUCAAAUUUCAAAGAAUUUAAAAUUAAAACACAAAAAAUACAGAUAAUCUCUUAAUUUUUAUGUGUAAAAUGGACAAAAUAUCUUGAUACAGCACUUGGCCGGUCCACCCAAGACUCAUUUUAUGCUCCGGUACCCGACAACAAUAAAAGGAACAUCCGCACAAUCUCUCUUAAGCCUGAUGAGUUCAAACUGAACGAAACUAAUCGCUUCAUUAGAGAAAUCUGGGACGGCUACUCACCACUCAUAGAUUUCUAACUUGUUAAUUUGAAGUAAAUAAAACUGGUCAAAAAUUGAACAUCUGGUAAAGUUGUGAAUUGAAAGCCCUGGUAUACGAAGAUGAUUGUUUAUAAAAUUCCUUAUUGGUGUUUUGUAUUUUUGUAAUUUUAAUUUGAAGAUGUAUUAAUUAUUGUAAGUAUUUUGAAAUUGGUAUGGGUAAUUUAAUUCCUCAUAAUUUCAUGUUUAAAUUAUCGUAUGUUUAUUGAUAGGAAUUAUGAAUGUUUUAUGAUAUAAUUUGUUUUAAUACCAUUUUAUUUAAUAAUAAUCUGUUUGCAUUUAUUUGUCAUAUCGUGUCUAGUAUUUCUUGCAUUUUUAGUUCCAGGCAAUGAGGUUCUAAAAAGUUUUCAUUUGUCCUGGAUACAAUAUACACUGUAACCUGGAUAUCAUUUAAUCUUGUGUAUUUGGCAUUAAUUUCUUUCACAUUCAUUUAAUAUCAAAUCUUUGUUUGAAAAUUUCUAAAAAUCACUUCAAUUCAUCCAAAAUUAUCUAAUUUGUAAUUGUGUCCAGUUUAAAGCUGACCAUUCAAUUUUGAUAGCGACUGUCCAAAGUGUGUAAUUUCUCCAUCACUGUUAAUAAAUAAACAACCCAAUUGAUUAUUGAUGUAUAAUGAUUUAUUUUUGAACAUUGUUCAGGAAAUUAAAUGUUUGUAAACUGGACAAUCAUUAUCAAAAUUAAUCGGACAGCUUUAAACUGGGUAACCAUGGUGGAUAAGACGCUGGCUCGCUAGCCUGGAGGUCUUGUGUUUUCUCCCGAUGUUGGCUGAGAAAGUUCAUCAAGGUUUGUCCAGCGUGGUUUCCCCAGCUGUCGAGUUAUUUCAGAUAUAUAAGAGUAGUCCGUAGCGCCGCUGUCCGAACAAAAUUUCCCUCAUAGCACACUGUAUGGGGUAUGCCGUCUUCAUUAGCCCAGUUGGAGCAGAACAGUAGGACGUUAAUCCCCAUUUGAUGUUGAAUGAAUGUGAAAAAUUAAUGCUAAAUACACAAGAUUAAAUGAUACCUGGGUUACAGUGUUAGAUGAAGUAUUUAUUUAUGCAGUUGAAAAACUGUGAUGGAAUUAUGAAAAUCAUACCACUUUAUCUAUCACCCCUGUCUAUAACUCUGACAAUACAAUAUCUAUCACCCCUGUCUGUAGCUCUCUGACAGUACAAUAUCUAUCACCACUGUCUAUAACUCUCUGACAGUACAAUAUCUAUCACCCCUGUCUGUAGUUCUCUGACAGUACAAUAUCUAUCACCCCUGUCUGUAGUUCUCUGACAGUACAAUAUCUAUCACCCCUGUCUAUAACUCUCUGACAGUACAAUAUCUAUCACCACUGUCUAUAACUCUCUUGUCUAUCACCACUGUCUAUAACUCUCUGACAGUACAAUAUCUAUCACCACUGUCUGUAGCCCUCUGUCAGUACAAUAUAUCAUCCCUGUUUGUAGCACUUUGACCACAUCAUACCUUUAAUUUCUGCCUGAAGCUCUUUGACUAUAACAUGCACUUUAUCCUUGUCUAAUAGUACAGUAUCUGUGUAUCAUCUGACAGUAGUACAUAUAAUAUCUUUCAGCCCUGAUAUAAUAUUAGCAGCCCUGAUACAAGCUAUGUAAAUAUUUGUACAGCAUAAUUAAUUUAUGCAAAUUGAUGUAAUAUAAUUACAGAAUGCGCACAUUAAGAUAGAGGUUUUUUUUUUUUUCAACAUUACUGGGGUCAUCUCUAAGCCUAUCAUCCAAGAUUCCCUUGUGUUAAAAUUUAAUAUUAAAUGAAAUGUUUACAUCAUUGUUUUAAUAUCCACAUAUUGAUUUACAUAUGUAAAUAGUAGUCUUGAAUUACAGGCUUAGAUAUAUAAUUUCCUUGUAGUCUUGUUUAACCAGACUUACAGGUCCUGCUAACUUGAUUUUAAAUGGCCGAUGAGAAAUCUGGGAUGGAUUUUGGCCGUUAUUACAAGUUUAACUUUUUAUGCGAUCAUCUUUAACUUAUUCAUAAGUUCUUGUAAUUGUUUUUAUUUCAAAUUAAGAUAUAUCAUAUUUUCACUUAGAAAUAUAUAUUCAAUUCUAUAUUAGGUCUAUAAACUUCUUAGAUCCAUUUUUUGAAAAUCCAAAUUGAUUUUAACUUUGGAUUAUUUGAUUUAAGCUGUUAAUAUGACCUAUUUCAAUGGAUAUAAAUAUAAAUUAUGAACUUCGUCACAUUCAUGUACCUACCCAAAGACACACACACACCCUCCCUCCUAAUGCACUGCCCUUUGUAAAAUACUGCCCCUCCUUAAAAAUAUAUAUAUAUCUAUAAAAUAUUUAAUAUCUGUUUUACAUAUUCAACCAAAUAAACUCUAGCUCUAUAUUUUCCCUAUAUUCAAAUUUUGAAUUUUGGGAAAAUACAAAUUGCUGAUUAUGGCAAAGCCUGAUCAUUUUCCCUCAUAGUAGACUGUAUGGUCUUCAUUAGACCAGUCAGAGCAGAACCCCAUUUCAUUUCAUUUACUCAUGACACAGAUUGCAUGGGUUAAGGUGAACAUUUGUAACUUUCUGGUCUAACAUCUUUAAGGCUAACAUUAAAAGAUGUCCUAACUAACAUCUUGAAGGCUAACAUUAGAAGUUAUCCUAACAUCUUUAAGGCUAACAUUACAAGAUGUACUAACUAACAUCUUUAAGGCUAACAUUAAAUGAUGUCCUAACAUCUUUAAGGCUAACAUUAAAUGAUGUCCUAACAGCUUUAAGGCUAACAUUAAAAGAUGUCCUUACUAACAUCUUUAAGGCUAACAUUAAAAGAUGUCCUAACUAACGUCUUGAAGGCUAACAUUAGAAGUUGUCCUAACAUCUUUAAGGCUAACAUUAAAAGAUGUCCUAACUAACAUCUUUAAGGCUAACAUUAAAUGAUGUCCUAACAUCUUUAAGGCUAACAUUAAAUGAUGUCCUAACAGCUUUAAGGCUAACAUUAAAAGAUGUCCUUACUAACAUCUUUAAGGCUAACAUUAAAAGAUGUCCUAACUAACGUCUUGAAGGCUAACAUUAGAAGUUGUCCUAACAUCUUUAAGGCUAACAUUAAAAGAUGUCCUAACAUUUUGAGGGCUAACAUUAAAAGGUGUCAUAACAUCUUGAAAGCUAACAUUAAAUGUUGCAAUAAUAUCUUUAAGGCUAACAUUAAAAGAUGUCCUAACAUCUUUAAGGCUAACAUUAAAAGGUGUCCUAACAUCUUGAAGGCUAACAUUAAAAGGUGUCCUAACAUCUUUAAGGCUAACAUUAAAAGGUGUCCUAACAUCUUUAAGGCUAACAUUAAAAGAUGUCCUAACUAACAUCUUGAAGGCUAACAUUAAAUGAUGUCCUAACAUCUUUAAGGCUAACAUUAAAUUAUGUCCUAACAGCUUUAAGGCUAACAUUAAAAGAUGUCCUUACUAACAUCUUUAAGGCUAACAUUAAAAGAUGUCCUAACUAACGUCUUGAAGGCUAACAUUAGAAGUUGUCCUAACAUCUUUAAGGCUAACAUUAAAAGAUGUCCUAACAUUUUGAGGGCUAACAUUAAAAGGUGUCAUAACAUCUUGAAAGCUAACAUUAAAAGUUGCAAUAAUAUCUUUAAGGCUAACAUUAAAAGAUGUCCUAACAUCUUUAAGGCUAACAUUAAAAGGUGUCCUAACAUCUUGAAGGCUAACAUUAAAAGGUGUCCUAACAUCUUUAAGGCUAACAUUAAAAGGUGUCCUAACAUCUUUAAGGCUAACAUUAAAAGAUGUCCUAACUAACAUCUUGAAGGCUAACAUUAGAAGUUGUCCUAACAUCUUUAAGGAUAACAUUAAAAGAUGUCCUAACAUUUUGAAGGCUAACAGUAGAAGUUGUCCUAACAUCUUAAAGGCUAACAUUAAAAGAUGUCUUAACAUCUUGAAGGCUAUUAUUAAAAGUUGUCAAAUAUUUUGUCUUGUAAUUAAACGAGAUUUGCAUCCUGUCCUUCACAGGCGUUAAAUAAGCUGGUGUUUAUUUGGUUAAAUAUGGUAGUAUAAUAUUGUAUAAUGUAUUAUAGUGUAAUAUAACUUUUGGCAAAUAUAUCAUUGUUUCAAUAUUUAUAUAUUUUAUCUAUUAUAUAUCUAUACUCUUGACACAGGUGGUUUCUAACUCAGAUUUACUUCUAAUACAUUAUAAUUUAUUACAAACAAUAGAAGAGCUCCCAUUUAGGUUUUUUUAAUUUUUUUUUAAAGUCAAUGUUCAACGGUAAAUAAAUCGGCUAGUCUCCAUUAAUUGUUAGAAUCUUAGAGUCCCCAGGGCAUUAGAGAAAAUGUGUUCAUGUCUCUAUCUGUUUUGAUGAUGAAAUAGGAUCCAUGGAUUCAGGAGUGGGGAUAAACACUUAAUUACAAACAAAUUUAACGUUCAACUCUUGUAAUGUGUUGCCAUCAUCUCCUGGUAAAUUCUGUAAAAAGAUUAUUUUAAUCAUGAUAUUAAAAUUGGAUUUAAAAAGAAGUGGAGAAUAGGAUCAAUGGAGUCCGAUGUAGAGAUAGACACUUAAUUUUAACUUCCUAGUCUUUUUAACGUUCAAUUCUUGCAAGAUAUCGUCAUACUCUCCUGGUAAUUUCUGACGCUCAGUAGCUCUCUAAGAUUGUUUCCUGUUCUGUAAAAAGAUUUUUUUAAUCAUAAUAUUAAAAACUGAAUUAAAGAGAAGUGGAGAAAUGAAAUUAUUUUUGCUAUUGUAAUAAUAAUAAAUAUUACCCAAUGAAGAGACUUAUUGUUUUCUGGAUCACAGUCAUUGGUAACAGAGAAAGAAAACUGAUUUUGUAGAAACUUUUACUUAUUUAUUAUAAUUGUUGGUGAAGAAAAAAUGUUUUUGAUUUUUCCCCCAUUAUCUGUAUUUUGUCGUCCUUGAUUUUCCCGAAUAAAUGUAGUUUGUCCUUCUCCUUGGUUGUCCCGAAUAAAUGAAUUUUAUCCUUCUCCUUGGUUGUCCCGAAUAAAUGUAGUUUGUCCUCCUUGGUUUACCCAAAUAAUUGUAGUUUGUCCUUUGGUUUUCCCAAAUAACUGUAGUUUGUCUUUCUCCUUGGUUUUCAAGCGAGUGGCUACCCUUUGUAUGUUUCUUGACUACAUAUGAUCUGACACAUAUUGAAAGCUGCUGCGAUGAUGGGCCUGGUUAUGCGUAGUAUAAAUUACUAAAUAGAUCAGUGGACAUUGUCUGGGUGUAAUUGGAAGACCUGCGUUUUGAUUGGUUGCUCAGAGUACACAAGUGAGACCAUGACACAAAGAUAAAACUUGUGAGAUGUUAAUGAAGAUGGUAAAAUAUUAAAUAUAGAAUAUAAAACAAAUAUGAAAAAAAGGAAUUGGGGAAAACAAAAUAAUUGCUCCAUCCUUACCAAGGGUAGCGCGAGUGUUAGAGAACCAAGGCACCUACUUUAUUUGUUUAUAAUAUAUUAAUAAAAUAGAUCUCAUUUAGGAGCACAAGAUAUUGAUAGGAGCAUUAAUUCAUAACCUGAUACAUUUAGGAGCACAAGAUAUUGAUAGGAGCAUUCAUUCAUAACCCGAUACAUGUUUAUUUUCAUCCUUUAUUUUGUAUUUUAGUAAGAUUAAAUAUUUUAUUUGAGAACAUGUAGUAUAUUUGGAUGUGGCUGAGCCAAUAAAAUGUUUGCAAUCUGUUUUAGCAUUAUGAUUCUAAAUAGUGUUAUAUGACAUCAGUUAAAAUGAUCAUUCAUUGUUAGGUUAUAAAAUGCAUCAGGCUUUAAAAAGAUGAUGGAGUUGCAUUGAACGUAUACCAGAUUGAAAUUUAGGAAUUCAAGAAACAUAUAUAUGCAUGAAAUUGAGGUGAAAACUCAAAUCUCUUAAAGGAAAUAGUCCUCCUGUUUCUAUAUUCUUACAAUAGCUAAAUAAGUGGACCAUCUCCUUUAAUACCAAUCUGAUCAAUAGUGGGUCGAGACCUGAAUUAAAAGUUAUACGGCAAUAUAGACUACUGGUAAUCAAUUUUGAGAGAUUUAACUUCUGGUGAUAUUCUUAAAGAAACAUUAACAGCUCAUCAUAGCCAUUACUUUGUCACAUAAUCAUGAUUAAUUUUUUCUAUUGCUCUGUGAAAAGUAGGCCUACUUAUCCCAUGUUUUUUGAUUUGUCAGCAGUCAAACUACGUAGACCACAAGACUGGCAAAUGACCUUAUAUAGUAUUGUUGUUACUCCUGCAUAAAUUUCACAUAAAAAGUAAGAUGGUUGUAAUAGAAGUAAGAAUUAUUUCUGCGACACAGUUUAUCUGUGCAUUUUGAAAUAAAGAUGAUAAAAUUAAA